AGCGCGAGGAGCCGCUGCCGCCGCCUCAGCCCUGAGGAGCCUUCACCCUCGGCGCCUGGGUGGCCGCUCGGUCUCCACAGGCUCCGCGCCAAGCGAGGUCCUCUGCUUCAGCCCUGCCCGGCCGGCGCGUCCGCCCCGCCCGAUCUCCGCCGCUGGCCCGUGGCUUCGCCGCCCGCCGCGGGACAGGUGCUCGGAGCUGGAGCUGUGGAGGAAGGCCCUGCUCGCCUUCCCUGCUGUGGCUGCUGCUCCUGACUGCAGAGCUCUCCUGGAACUGGGGAAGGGGAUGGGCGCAGGGACCCAGCAAAGAGGAGCCAUCUGCAAACCAGGAGUCAGACCUCACCAGAGCCCAGCUGUGCUGGCUCCCUGAUCCCAGCCUCCAGUCUCCAGAGCGUCAGAAAUGAACGUCUGUUGUUUAAGUUGUUCAGUCGAGCAUUUUGUUAUGGCAGCUGGGAGACGGAACACCCUCAUGAAUGUUGUGGCAAGUCUUUGGGAGAGCAGCCUGCACUUGCCUGGGGUGCAGGCCCCUGCAGAGAUACAGAGAUGUUGUCCAGUCACUUAUGGACCGUUGACAAGCUGGAUGGAAGGCCAGUUUCUUUAACAUGAAGCCACAGGCAGAACUCUGUGGACUUUCCAGAUAUGGGAUCUUCUGAUGGACCAGGAGGUGAUCUCAGGGUAGGCGGGCACUGACAAGCCAGCCCUCUGCAGAUUCCCCGUUCUGGAGAUGAUGCUCUGAGCCCAGUGCACCUGGCAUUCACAUCUAUGGACCUGCUCUGAACCGUAGAGCCUGCCUAUGGGGGAAGAUACCUGAUUUUUCCAGCCCCAUUUGUUGAAAAAGACUGUCCUCUCCCCAUCAAAUGUUCUUGGCACUCCUGUCCAAAGUAUUUGGCCACACAUGUAAAGGUGACGCCAUCUGGACCCCAUCCAUCCUUCUUCACAGCACCCUCAGUACCUUAAGCCAUCACCCCCAUCCACAUUUUGGGAGAAAGAUGGAAUCCAAGGUCUCUGAAGGUGGCCUGAAUGUGACCCUAACAAUUCGCCUGCUGAUGCAUGGAAAGGAAGUUGGAAGCAUCAUUGGGAAGAAAGGGGAGACUGUGAAGAAGAUGCGUGAAGAGAGUGGUGCCAGGAUCAACAUCUCAGAGGGAAACUGCCCGGAGAGGAUUGUGACCAUCACAGGCCCAACGGACGCCAUCUUCAAGGCCUUUGCCAUGAUUGCGUACAAGUUUGAGGAGGACAUCAUCAACUCCAUGAGCAACAGCCCUGCUACCAGCAAGCCCCCAGUGACGCUGAGGCUGGUGGUCCCAGCCAGCCAGUGCGGGUCCCUAAUUGGCAAAGGCGGCUCCAAGAUCAAGGAGAUAAGGGAGUCCACAGGUGCCCAAGUCCAGGUGGCCGGGGACAUGCUGCCCAACUCCACAGAGCGGGCAGUGACCAUUUCAGGGACGCCAGAUGCCAUUAUACAGUGCGUCAAGCAGAUCUGUGUGGUCAUGCUGGAGUCCCCACCGAAAGGUGCCACCAUUCCCUACCGCCCAAAGCCCGCCUCCACCCCUGUCAUUUUUGCAGGUGGUCAGGUAAGAGCCGACCCGCUCGCGGCCUCCACUGCCAACCUCAGCCUUUUACUGCAGCACCCGCCGCUGCCCGCCUACACGAUCCAGGGACAGUACGCCAUCCCCCACCCAGAUCAGCUGACCAAGCUCCACCAGUUGGCCAUGCAGCAAACCCCCUUUCCUCCCCUCGGACAGACCAACCCCGCUUUCCCCGGAGAAAAGCUGCCUUUACACUCCUCCGAAGAAGCUCAAAAUCUGAUGGGCCAGUCGUCAGGUCUGGACGCCAGUCCCCCGGCCAGCACUCACGAGCUCACCAUUCCCAAUGAUCUAAUAGGCUGCAUCAUUGGACGCCAAGGGACCAAAAUCAAUGAAAUUCGACAGAUGUCUGGAGCUCAGAUCAAAAUCGCUAAUGCCACUGAAGGGUCAUCGGAGCGUCAAAUCACCAUCACGGGAACCCCGGCCAACAUCAGCCUUGCCCAGUAUCUCAUCAAUGCCAGGCUGACGUCCGAGGUCACCGGGAUGGGCGCGCUCUAAUCCUACCCAGGCCACUCUGUGCACCUGACCGCUGGAGCCCACGGCCUCACCGGCUGGCGCACUCUGUACAAACCGCCUGCCCUUCCUCGCAGAUACAAGUAGUUUUCUUACGUACCGACGGUCCGUGCAGUAGACACCAGCCCCGAGCCGUCUGCACUCCAGGCUCGGCCGCCCGCCCCCUUUGGUAGUUGGAGCCUGUCUCCAUGCAUUGGCAUGCACUGCUAAGUAUUGUAACGCUUCGGGGAACUCCCAUCCGUGACAUUGUAGAGAAUUGUCCCUCAGUGUCCGUGUGACUGUCCAAGAUUUGGUUUGACGCUUUGGCACACUUCCUGUGACCUGCUGUCCCUGUGCUCAAGGUCCCUGCACUCUCUCCCCUGUGCCCAGUUUCCCCUCAGAGCCACGCUGCCUUGGCUCACAUUCCCACCCAGGCCAUGUGCUGGAAUCUGGGCCGCCUUUCCUGCAGCCUGUGGGGACGCCCAGGAGAGGAGGGGCUUGGGGGACGACCAAGGAAUGGGGCCGAGUGGCAGAGGGUGCGGGGCCCAGCUCCACAGGGAUGUCCCCUGGGGGAGGCACUUGUGGGCCCCAGGCGUCUUCCGGGGUGACUGGAGAAUGCAGCCUCUCCAGAAAGCCCCUGUGCACUGUUGGAGUUUAAUAAACGUUGUGCGCCUCCCC